UAUCAUAAGGACCAAAAUAAACAUUUAUCAAUACUUGAGGGACUAAAAAUACUAUUAUUAAUUUUAACAAUAGAAAAAUGGGGUUGACUUGACUUUGGGAUCUACUGUGCAUCUUCCUUUGAAUUUCCCAUGGGGUUCUUCUUGUGCACUGCUUCGCCUAUGCAUAACCAUUAUUACAAAUUUCAACAUUCAAGAAUCCAAUUUACCUUAAAGCUGAAGCUUUUCUCAUCUGAAAGCAAGCCAGCUUUGAUCCAUAUUCACGAUGAGUGCUGAAGCAUCAAUCUCCAGGCCUAGAUGCUCGUAUCAUGUCUACUUGAGUUAUAGAGGCCAGGAGAUCAGCAUGAACUUUAUCAAUCUCCUACACACAGCAUUGACUGAUGUAGGUAUUCAAACAUUCAAGAGACAUAGUGAAGCUAGAAAAGGAAAGAUUGUUGGAUCAGAAUUGCAAAAAGCAGUCAAAGAAUCGAGGAUUUCAAUAAUUGUAUUCUCCGAAGAUUAUGCAUAUUCCAGAAGGUGCCUAGAUGAACUUGUGAACAUCCUUGAAAGGAAGAAAAGCGCUGGUCAUAUGAUUCUACCUGUGUUCUAUCGUGUAGAUCCAUCCCAUGUUAGAAAGCAGACAGGAUCUUAUGCGAAAGCAUUUCAUAAUUACGAAGAGCAGAUCAUGGUGGAGACGGUUGAAAGAAGGAAUGAGCACAUAGCAAAGGUUAAUAUAUGGAGAACAUCUCUCAAGGAGGUCGCAAAUACGUCAGGGUUAGUUCUAGAAGACGGGGAUGAGCUGAAGUUUAUUCAAGAAAUUGUUGAGGACAUUUGGGGUAAGCUGAGUCGCAAAGUUUUGAGUUUUGCCCCAUAUCCAGUUGGAAUAUAUCCCCGUGUAAAAGAGAUUAGUUUCUGGUUACAAGAUAGCUCGACUAAUUCUCCCACAUUGAUGAUUUAUGGAGAACCUGGAAUAGGGAAAACAACCAUUGCGAAAGCUCUUUUUAACCUGCAUUGUGACAGAUUUCAAUGCAGCAGUUUUGUUGCAAAUAUUCGAGAGAUCGCAAAAGAAAGCAGUGGUUUGAUUAGCCUACAGAAAAAUCUUCUUUCAGAUCUUUUGCAAGAGGAUAAGAUUGAUCUAAACGAUAUUGCUGAAGGAGCUUCCAUGAUCAAAGAAUGUUUAGUCCACAAAAGGUUUCUUCUUUUUCUUGAUGACGUUGAUGAGUUGGACCAACUGAAAGCAAUACUUGAUUCAAGAGAUUGGAUUCCUACAGGGAGUAAAGUUAUUAUAACAACUACAAAUAAAAGCUUGCUAAACCCUCACGAAGCUUUUGUGAUGUAUGAAACCAAGAGGCUGGACAAUCGCGAGGCGCUUCAGCUUUUCAGCUUGCAUACUUUUGGUCAAGACCAUCCCAUCAAGGAGUACAUGAAGCAAUCCAAACAGAUAGUUAAACAUUGUCGAGGGGUUCCUUUAGCUCUUCAAGUUCUAGCCUCUUCGCUAUGUGGUGAAAGUAUAGAUACGUGGGAAAAUGCAAUAAAGAAAUUAGAAAGGUAUUCUGAAUGCCAUAGCCAUAAAGUUCUUGAACUAAGCUAUGAAGCUUUGCCAGAUGAUCAUGAGAAAAAUGUAUUUCUUGAUAUUGCUUGCUUCUUCGUCGGGAAGGACAGAGAUUAUACAAUCAAAAUUCUGGAUGAAUGUGGUUUCCAUGCUACUGCUGAAAUACAGAAUCUCAUUGAUAGAUGUCUUCUGACAUUGACUCCUGAAAACAAGCUAAUGAUGCAUCAGUUACUACAAGAAAUGGGUAAAGAGAUCAUCUGCCGAGAAUCGCCCACAGAACCUGGUAAACGCAGCAGAAUCUGGCAUCACAAGGAAGCCCUCAGUAUACUGCAGAAAGAAACUCUUACAGAAUGUAUUGAAGGGCUGGUUCUUAAAAUGCGCGAAUCAGAUAAAAGCAAACCAGACAGACACGAUAAUAUAUCAAAAAGACCUCACUGUGAUGAUUCAACGAGUACUUCAACAUUGACUCUCAAGAAAAAUUCACCAAAGAGGCUUUGCCUUGGCCUUUUCUCUUGGCGUCGAGUGAAUUCUGUUUUGGCAAGACCACAGACUGUACCAAAUGAAGCCGGAAUAAGUACUAAAGCAUUUUCUAAAAUGCAAGAAUUGAGGUUUCUUGAGCUCGAUAAUGUGCAGCUUUCUGGCACCUAUGAAGGAUUUCCAAAGAAUUUAAGAUGGCUGCUCUGGCAUGGUGUCCAAUUAACAUCCUUUCCAAGUGGCUUCCCUCAUGAAAAUCUUGUAGUUCUUGAAAUGAGCAAUAGCAACUUGCACCAAACCUGGGAGGGAGCAAAGUCUCUUCGAUCAUUGAAGAUACUUGAUCUCAGUCACUCCCAUAGUCUCAUGAAGACCCCUGACUUCUCUGGACUGCUGAAUCUAGAAAGAGUUAUUCUUGAAUAUUGCAUAAGUUUGGUUAAGGUCCACGAGUCCAUUGGAGGACUCCAUAAACUUCUUGUCUUAAAUCUGAAGGGAUGUGAGAGCCUUAGGAAGCUUCCAAGGAAGAUUGGGGAAAUAAAAUCCUUAGAAGAACUAACACUCCGUGGGUGCUCGAAGCUGGAGUUUUCUACGACAAUGAGAAAUCGUAGCAACUCUCUGCCUGCUAAAUCAGUUUAUUCAGUCUUUUGUUCUUGGAUGUCACUGUGGCCAAAGUCAGUAAGUUCAGUGUCAGAACUCUUUCAGAUCACCUUACAAAGUUUAGAUAUUUCACAUUGCAAUCUGACCGACACCGUUAUUCCCUGUGAUCUUUCUGUCCUGUCCUCCUUAAAAUAUCUGAAUCUAAGAGGAAAUCUCAUUUCUACCCUGCCAGCGAGCCUGAAGAGCCUAACCAUACUGCAGUCCCUUCAGUUAGCUGACUGCACAAGACUCCAGUGGAUCCCAGAACUUCCAUUGAGUUUACAAUUAUUGAAUGCACGUAACUGCAGAUCACUGAAUAGAGUAACAAAUCUACCAAAUUUCAUGAGGUCACUUGAAUUGCACCUAGAGAGUUGUGGAAAACUGGUUGAGGUUCAGGGAGUAUUCAAGCUAGAUCCUAUUGAAGACAUCGUCGAUAUUCUUGAUCUAUCUUGCCUAGAUAAUUUGCAGGUCAGAGCAGUAGAUGUGGUGGAACUUUGCAAUUAUCUGACCUCAACGAAAAGCAAAGGUCUUGUUCAGGGACUGUAUGAAUUUGGUAUACACAGCAUUUUUAUUCCUGGAGGCAAAGUUCCUACCAAGUUCAAUAAUAUAAGCACAGGGAGCUCAAUAGCUUUCACUGUGCCUCAACUUCCUAAUGUCAAGAUACAAGGAUUAGAGAUAUGCAUUGCUUAUGCAGAAUAUUAUGAAGAAUGUUUCAGUCAAAGGCACUUCAUAAAAGUGAGCAAUAAGACCAAGGGGAUCAAAUGGAUUUAUGGUCCAACAAUUUUUGGGAUUGCAGAUCCUUGUAAUCCGAUGCUAUGGUUUAGUCAUUGGAAACUUGGAGAUCAGCUAGAAAGGGGAGAUCAAGUUGUUGUUUCGUUAAGCAUGAGUUGCUUGGUUAAGGAAUUUGGUGUCCGUCUGGUAUGCUCUGAACAAAAGGAGGAAGACACCCUAUCUGAGAAUGCAAAGGAGGGAUGUCGUCGUCCCUGCUAUCCACUUCAGCAUGCAAUUGGAGGAGAUUUGUCUCCUUAUGAGCUAAGCUCGGGUGUUUAUCACCUCUCCAUUUACUCUUGAAUCUUGAUGGAUAAUUGUUCGAAAAUUAGGUUCCAAAUUCAUUCAAGGUGUGAACUUUCCUUUCACCCAUCAGUGCAAGUGCUGGGAUUGUCAAUGUUUGGGUUGUUGGAGUUAAAUAUGUAGACAUUGGGUCCACAGAGGCCAGUUUCUAAUCUGUGAUUCAAUAGAAAAAGGGGAGUUGGUGAUUUUCCAUUUGAGUUAGAAAGUUAUCUGAGCUAUUAUUUGGUGUUGUGAUCCAUUUUUGUACUUUUAGACUAUGUAGUGUGGUUGUUCUGGCCCUAAAGUCCAAAAGGGCAGUCCGGUGCACUAAGCUCCCGCCAUGUGCGGGGUCUGUGGAAGGGCCGGACCACAAGGGUUUAUUGUAUGCAGCCUCACCUUGAAGUCUAAAACACUGAUAGAUCAACAAGAAGAAUGAACGUUCUGCCCCAUCCCUCACACCACUUGAAAGGUGAUAUUAAUAUGUAGUUGUACCAUGUUUGAAAAGGCAAUUAUAUAUUUAUGCAUUAAAAAAUAAUUUCCAAAUAAAAAGACGAGCUUGCUCCCAGUUUGUUAGAAAGAGUUAACAAAAGCACAUGAGUAUAUGCUAUUGAAAAAUUGAAGCACAUAUUUUUGAUAUGUAAUGUAAAGAGAAAUGUUUGUAAAAUGAACUUGAAAGAGAAGUUAGAAGAGCUAAUGGAACGUUAUGUUGUACUUGUUGGAUGAAUGAU